GAAAGCACUUAUACAUUACCCCGCGUUAGGCUCAAAUGAUAAAUAGACGGCGUGCUUAGGCUUAGAAGCAUUUAUGCAGCUAGCCAAUCAUGGGAUAAGAGAAAAGUACGUACCGGUGCAGAGACAGAAUGAUAGAAAGCUCCACAUCGCGUCACGUCACGUCACGUCGCAUCCCCAUCCCCAUCCCUAUCCUAUCCAUAUCCCGUCCAUAGCAGAACAUCACUAUCUCGACCCUUUUGUUUUGCAGUACUACCACUUUAAUGGGUGAUGAGGUUGCCAGGUUGCGCACGUUGCUUGAAGCAGCCGAGAAACGUUCUGCAGAGGAGCAACGUAGACGUGAAGAGGAGCAACGCAGACGCGAGAAUGCCGAGGAACUUGCAAAAGAAGAACAACGCAAACGCAAAGAAGAGGAGAAGCGCAACGAGAAGUCAAGACCACAGGCGCUCCCACAAUAUCUCGAGGCCUGCCACUCACUUAGCCUUGCUAUCCAGGUAGUGACCGAGAAGUCGCUGACCACACAGGGCGAUACCACCAACCCGACCGGCCGCAUCUACCCUCGACGCAUCGUUCCGUGGGACGAUUAUCCAACGCGACAGGAGAACAUCUGGGAUCGGCUGUCACUUCACCAGCCCUUCUGCUCGGACCCCGUCUUCCCAUCCUCGCACCAGCUCGACUAUGUCGCGUCCCUGAUCCGUCCCAUUGCUAGCGAGAUGGGCCUUCGGCAUUUCGAGCGUGACACGGUUGAGAAUGCCGUCCAGAAGCUGGUCGACGAGGCAUACAACGAUGAGCAGCUCCGUGCCCGCCUCGGUAUCCUGGGAUCUGUCACAUUCGAGAGCCACACGAACCUUGGUGAUACGGUCGACGCAGUCUCCCAUUCCAUCGAGCAGAUGACUAUGACCGAGGACGUUAAAGUCGGCGCCGACGCCACGACCCCGGCCCCGAAGCGAGCUCGUCGCAGGGCCGGGCGAGGCAGGAAGGGCCCUGCCGAUCAGUUCUGCAUAUAUAGGAGAUCCGACGGCCGAAAUGUCCCAGCGCUUGCGAUCGAGUAUAAGGCGCCGCACAAGCUGACCAGGGACGAGGUCGUUGCUGGUCUGAGAGAGGAAAUCCAGCCAGGACGUGACGUGAUUAACCAAGACGGCAAAGGCUUCGCUUUCGCGUCGAGGCGCCUCACUGCCGCCGUUAUCACUCAACUGUUCUCUUACAUGGUCGACAAAGACAUUCAAUACGGCUACGUGUGUACGGGAGAGACGUUUAUCUUCCUGCAUAUCCCCGACGACCCGUCCAUCGUAUAUUAUUCUGUCUGCGUUCCGAACCUGGAUGUCAUGGAGGACGACGAGAACCGGCUUCAUCGCACCGCCGUCGCCCAAGUAUUCGCCUUUGUGCUCCAGGCCCUUCGCUCCCGGCCGCCGCCCCUGGCCUGGCACGACCGCGCAGAAGGCCUGGACACCUGGGCUGUCGAGUUCGAAGACGUACUACGAGACAUUCCCGAGACCGAGCGCAAAGCGCUCAGGGCAUCUCCCUACAGGGCUCAACGCUGGAAGGGCUUCACACGUUCGCCCAUCAAGACGCGCUCCCGCUGUCGACUAGAAGACAGCAAUACCGGCCUCCAGAACAAGGACGAGAGCGAGGACGAGGAACCCCCCCCUUCCCCAUCCACGUCUCGAUUGCUGCGUUCCUCUAAAAAGGCACCUGCCUCGACGGGCGCUGCAGCUAAGGGCGCAGAGCGGGGUGGUCGUGGGGGAGGCGGUACGAGCGGCACAGCCAAGGAACAAAUCCAGAAAAAAACACAGACAAGAAUUCAGGACCGGGCCUUCUGCACCCAGGAGUGUCUAUCAGGACUAGCGAGCGGCGGGCCCAUGGAUGGCGGAUGCCCCAAUAUUGGUGACCAUCAACGACAGCACAUCAGCCUGUCCGAGUUUCAAACCCUGAUCCGAGCCCAGUUAGCCAGAGAUCGUGGCCUGGAUGCCGACGCCAUGCCACUUUACCUAUCCGGGUCUGUCGGCGCGCUUUUUAAAGUCUGCCUGUCUUCUUAUGGCUAUACUCUUGUCGCCAAGGGGGUAGAGCACGCCCACCUAGACCGUCUACAGCAUGAGAAAAAAGUGUACGAUCAGUUACGUACUAUUCAGGGAAAAUAUGUCCCCGUCUGUCUUGGCAAGGUGGAUUUGGUCUUGCCGUAUUAUUACGACGGCGGUAUUUUUGUACAUUUCUUGUUCCUCGGCUGGGCUGGGCGGCCUCUGUUUGAUCUGUCCAGCAAGGCUGAUAAGGCCGCCAUCGUCGACACAGUUAGCGCGGGGUUCAAGGCGGUUCACAGUUUGCAUGUUCUCCAUGGGGAUGCUGAACCACGCAAUAUACUGUACGAUGCUGAUAACGGUCGUGUCAUGAUUGUGGACUUUGAGCGAGCUAAACUUUCUAAUCGGGAGCCUCUCGGUCUGAUCAGUCCAAACAGGAAACGGAAACAUGGUAUGUAUCAAGAGAAGCAAGGCAGAAAUAACAAGUUUACAACAGAGCUACAGUCUAUUGUACAAGGUGUUAAGCGUUCAAUAGAACAGUAACGCUCAUAUAGAGUGUCCUUAAUCCCUAAUAAUACUUUAUUAAAACCUUUAU